AUGGCUUAUGUUUUGCAUACAAACUCUCUUUUCACAUAUUUAGCUUUAUGUUCUCUUUUACUUACCUUUUGCUCUUGCUUCAACCCUAAGCUUCUUAAUGUGUCAAAACUUCAAUCUGAUUCAGCAUGGUCACCAGCAGUAGUUACCUGGUAUGGAAGCGCUAAUGGUGCAGGAAGUACUGGGGGUGCCUGUGGAUACGAAGAUGCUGUAGGGAAACCACCAUUUUCGUCCCUAAUAACUGCUGCUGCUUCUUCUAUAUACAAAUCAGGCAAGAGUUGUGGAGCUUGUUAUCAGGUCAAAUGUACAGAUAAUGCUGCAUGCUCGGGGAAUCCAGUAACUGUAGUUAUAACAGAUGAAUGCCCGGGUUGUGACUCAGAAUCAGUUCUGUUUGAUUUAAGUGGAACCUCCAUUGGAGACAUGGCGACUAAUAGCCAAGCUGAUCAACUGCGGAAUGCUGGACGUGUACAAAUACAGUAUCGAAGAACGGAGUGCAAUUACCCUGGAGUACGAUUGACCUUCCGAGUCGACGCGGGUUCCAACUCCAACUAUUUUGCUGCAGUAAUUGAAUACGAAGAUGGGGAUGGAGAUGUUGCAGCAGUUGAACUCAAACAGGCAUCGGACUCAGAUUCUUGGGUUCCCAUGCAACAGUCGUGGGGUGCCGUGUGGAAACUGAAUUCAGGAAAUGCAUUGCAAGCCCCAUUCUCCAUUAAGAUAACUGGGGACUCUGGGAAGAGUCUUGUGGCUAAUAAUGUAAUACCUGCUGGAUGGAAGCCUGGAAAUAUUUACAGAUCAGUAGUCAACUUUUGA